AUGCCAGAUCAGAACAUACCAGCUACUUAUCUACAUCGUUUUCUAGUAAGGCUUGCGUACUUUGCUCUCUGGUCUUUCUUUCGCGACGUACGUAUCAUCGACGAACACAACCUCCCAAGACACGGAGCGGUCAUCGUCGCAAGUACACAUCAUAACUCUGCUUUGGACCCAACUGUAUUAUCCACUAGCUACCCAUCAAACAGAUGGUUCCACUAUUGGGCAAAAUCAGGCCUAUUCAGCAACGCCGUCCUCCGCUGGCUCAUGCUCAACGCAGGGAACAUCCCCGUAGACAGGGGGAACAAGGACAAGCGAAAGCUUUUCCAGGGAACUUUUGACGUCCUAGAACAGGGAGACGCUGUUGCUGUCUUCCCUGAGGGCACCUCCUACACCGAACCGAGUAUCGUGCAAGUCAAAGAUGGUGCCGCUUGGUGCGCCCUUGAGUACACUGCAAUGGUUCGCGAUGCCAAGGCUCAGGGGAGCACAAAGUCUUUCUCCCCGGUGGUCAUCGUCCCCGCCUCUGUCGUAUACACCAACAAGAGCAAAUACAGGAGCGCCGUCAUCCUCCGAUUCGGUAAAGCACUCACGAUGGACGCGUAUAUGGACGCGUACACCUCUCCCUCUGAAGGAGCAGGGCGUGCGGCAACCAAACACCUCACCCACGCGCUCCAGCGAGCGAUGAUCGAGAUGUCUGUCAAUGCCCCCGAUUGGGAGACACUAAACGCUGCCAGGAUGGCGAGAGAGAUAUUGUGGGUUGACGAUAAGACUAUCCCUUUGGAAGACUUUACGGCUAUUUCCCAGACGCUCGUGGACCUCUUUACCCCUCCCCACCCUAACCCUCGCACCGAAGCAGUCAAAUCCAGCCUCCUGACAUACUACGCCCUGCUGAAAGAGUCUCGUCUGACACACGAGGUGCUGUCCUCCCUCCCCCUUCCCCGUUCGCUCGACCCACGCCUCCCCACUCCCCUCCCUUCACGACUCCGCACCCUCUCCCUCCUCAUACGUGACAGUGUCGCCUCCUUCGUCCGUCUCCCCUUCUUUCUCCUUCCCCUGCUCGUCCACCUCCCUAUCUACGCCGUCGGUGCCUAUGUCCAGCACCUGAUCCCGGACGAAGAGGAGAUCGCACAGGGCAAGGCCUUCCUCGGGUUGUUCAUCCUCGUCGGCACCUACUCAUGCAUGUUCGUUGUCCUCUGGACACUUCUGUGGCUUACACCUAUCGGGGCGGUGGUCGCUGCCCUGGUUACAUGGGCGUUCGCAUUGUAUCACGUACAGCUCGUCGACCAGAAUUAUGACAGUAUGAAACGCCUUGUAGCAGCAUGGCGAGUGCUUAUCGGCGUAUGGGGACCUCAAAGCUGGGAGAUCUCUCUCAGCUCACUACAACUCUCAGCAAGGCCAGACAAGCCCGAGAACCAGUAUCUCAGGAAGAAGCCAACACCGGCAGGGACGGGUACUGCUACCCCUGCUACCUCCUCGAGCCCGGGCACCUCAGUCUCCCCUGUCGCUGGUGAACCGCCCGCACCACCAAAGCCAUUCAAAAAGCGUCAGAAGCUCCCCUCCCGUCGUUUGGUUCGGCACGUCCUGCGCUAUCGGGUCCUCGCGUGUCAAGCGCUCUUCAAGUUCCUCAACGACCUUGAACGGUCCGAUGAACGCGUUACGGCUUCCCCGCACUUAGCACGCGCGUUUGGGCAUCUCCCUGAGACCAGCGUAUCCGUGCAGGAAAGUACGAACGAGGAAUUCGUCCCGGAGCCGAAUGAAUCGCGCAGCGGGCACGAGGUAAUCCGGUUCCUCCGCAGUCGGGGAGCAGGGUGGGAGAUGGUCACACGAGGUGAGGACUGGGGCGUUGUCACGGAGAGCGAGGAGAACCAGGAUGAGGGGGACAAGUCGGCUUGAUUGUUGUCUCGGUCUGAUUCCCUAUUCUAUUCUCCAUUUUCAUUUUUUGGUUAUGUGAUUUGUGAGCGGCACCAUCUGAUACUUUCUUCUUUAGAACAUUGGCUCCGUGACGGGGUGACCGUUGGUAGCUUAUAUUGGGCAUAAUACGAA